UUUGUUUGUGGGGAUUUUAAAUUGUCAAGGUUGUAUGGCUUUAGAGUGACGGCGUGUCUUUCAGUAUGAAUUACCUUGUGCUACUCAAAAUCACUUGCAUAUUAUCAAUUAACUGGGUAUAUGGCGUUGAAGAGAAUCAGUCGAAUGCAUUAAACAGGAGUUCUUUAAGUAAUACAACUGUAAGUAAUGCCCCUGUACAAUUAACAACCCUUGAAUCGAAUUCAUCUGCAACAAAUAACAAUUCAGCACCAUCAACAACUGCUGGUCUACCCUUAAAAUCUGGAAUCAGCACAUCAUCGCCUACUCCAGUUACUUCAAAUGUUUCGUCAACUGUUCACUCUACGUCAACAAAAGCAGUAACAACUAAAAACUAUGAUUUUGUCGACCAUGAUACAGAAGAAGACGAGCUAAACAAGACAAAGUUAACUGGAAAUCCUAUGGAUAUACAUGACACAAUCGAUGUACCACAGAUUGGUGAUUCGCCAAAAGAAAGUGACAAGAAUGAUAUGAUCAAUAAUAGAUAUAGUCGUAAAGAACUGUUUCCUCAAAAGACAGGAGAUCGUAACCGGCCGCUUGAGUCUGAGGAUUCGUUUGUCGAAGGUCAAUAUUUUUCGCAUGUGUCUACAAGUUAUGUACUGAUUAUUUGCUGUAUUGUCAUUGUUCUGCUUUUGUGUAUCUGGAAACCACUUUGUCACAUCGUAUACGGUAUAUACACCGGUUAUUGUCCACAUACUCGAUCCGGUACCACUGGUAUUAGCAGCAGUACUAGUAGCAAAGUGGCAUACCACCCGUUAAGUUCAGAAUAUGCUUAAUAGCCCCCCCCCCUACGCGUACUUUUUGUGGUCAUCGUACAUAUCUUAUCAUUACAGUCUAUCUAUCUAUAUAUUUAUGUACUCCCACCUAUCUCAUCUCGUCGUGAUUCGUUUAUGUAACCCAUAAUUUUUUUGUAACACUUUUGCCUUUUCAUAACUCAACCUCCAUCCCCACCCAGCGCUCCGAUAUGUCCGCCAGUUUACUACUCAUAUAUUUUGAGAAGUGAGAAAAAAGAGUUGUUUGUAUUUUCUUGUUUCUUUUUUUCUAAAAAAUGAUUUUGUAGAUAAAUCUGUAUCAACAUUGACUUUGCCGGUCAGUCAGUCAGCCAGUCAGUUAGUCUUGGUCUCAGUCUCAUUUCUUUCUCAUCCUGUGUGUAUUUCACACAGGUGUGAUAUCUUCUCUCCUCUUUUUUUUUAAAACAAAAGGAUUGUGAAAUUAUUUUGUAAAUUUCAAAGGAAGGCAAUACGUGUGUAAAGAAAAGUAUAAUAUUAAAAUAAGAAGUAUUGGAG